GAUCUUCAGCAGAAACCUCCAUUUCUGGAAUGACGACCCUACCCCCACUGCCCAUGUCACGCCCCAAGCUUACAGCCUUAGCCAGAGAGAAGCUGCCAUGCUCCCCCAGAACAACGCCACGGUCUGAGUUGAUCAAAGAAAAAGAUGACAUAGAUCGUUAUCUGGAGGUGAAGAUCAAAGGAUUGUCAAAAGAAGAGGUUGCUGCUUACCGGAACACAUACAAGAAGAACAUCUGUGUGGACAUGCUGCGAGAUGGGUAUCAUAAGUCCUUCACUGAGCUCUUCACCCUGAUGGAGAAGUGGGAAGCCCUGAGGGAGGCUGCGAGGGUCAGGUCCGUCUUCUGGUUGCAGAAACCCCUGGAGGAGCAGCCUGAUAAGCUGGAUCACUUCUACUACUACCUGACCAGGGCUGAGGUGGCUGAAAGGAAAAAAUAUUUUGAAGAUGUCUAUGAUAACUUGUAUGCUCUGGCCUGUUACUUCAAUAAUUCUGAAGACAAGUGGGUAAGGAACCACUUCUACAAACGAUGUUUUGAGAUUGCUGAACUGAUCAAAAUUGACGGUGGGAAGAAAGAAGCCGAGGCGCAUGGACACAUGGGACUUCUCUUUGAGGAAGAGGGUAAGCUUCUGGAAGCUGCCGAGCAUUAUGAAGCGUUCCAUCAAUUGACGCAAGGGCGGAAGUGGAGGGAUGAGACAGGCCGCUCUCUCAACUUGUUGUCCUGCGAGAGUCUCCUGAGGACGUACAGAUUACUCUCCGACAAAAUGCUGGAAAAUAAAGAUUACACACAGGCCAUCAGAAUUCUAAUAAAAGCUUCUGAAAUAGCCAAAGAAGCAAAUGACAAAAAGAUGGAAGGGGAAGCUUCCUAUUACUUGGGCUUAGCACACUUGGCUGCUGGAGAGCAUGACACAGCAUUAGAAGACCUCAGCACUUACAGUGAGAUCUCCACGGAGCUGGAGGAUGACCUCAGCCUGGGGAGAGCCUACGAAGCCAUAGCCAGAGUCCUGCAGAGCCAAGGAGAGAUGGUAGAAGCCAUUACAUACCUGAAGAAAUUUGUGAAACUGGCAAGAAACAAUUUUCAAAAGCUAGAUGUUGUGAAAGCAAGUACAAUGCUUGGUGACAUCUACAAUGAAAAAGACCUGAGUGCCAUGUCAGGCACAGUCACCACAAGCUGCCAACCUUGA